UACAGUUUCACAGGUACCUGAUGAUGGCGUUAAACUACAGCAUUUACUUUCCCUCUGUGAGGGAAUAGCCUAUUCCGCUAUUCAGUACUGCGUACUGAAGCCAGCCACAGAAGGGUACCAAGCAGCUCUCAAGAAGUUGAAAGAAAAGUUUGGAGAUGCUGAUAUAAUCACUAAAUCCUGGAGUGACAAAAUAUUGAAGAGAGAUGCAGUCACCAUCGACUCCCUCAGCGACUUUACAGAUGAUCUGGGCAAUUGCUAUGGCACUCUGGAAGCGUUGGGGAAACUAGCCGAACUAGACACUAUGGAUGGAUUGUCCAAAAUUGUACAUAUUCUGCCAUUAUUCCUCAGAAAUAAAUGGAAAGAUGUUAACUUCAAACUGAAAGCGAAAGGUACCACUGCAACACUUAAUAGUGAGAAACCUAAUGUCCAAAAAAACAG